CAAAUUUGCAGUUCAAUUUUCUCUUUCCGUUCAGUUUUCAUGGCCGACCUCUGUUUCUUCCUCCCCAUUUUCUCUUCCUUUAUCUUCCUUCUUCUCUGUAACGGCGUCUCCAGUGACUAUCUCCUCGGAAUCAACUACGGAACCGUCGCCGAUAACCUUCCACCGCCGUCCCAAGUCGCCGCUUUCAUCAGAGACCAUACCACCCUUAACAAAAUCAAGAUCUUCGAUGCAAACCCAGAAAUUAUCCGAGCCUUUGCUGAUACGGGUGUUUGGGUAACCGUUACGGUACCUAACGGAGACAUUUGGUCAGUUUCAAAACCAACUGCUGCACAAUGGUGGGUCGAACAAAAUGUUGUUCCGUUCUAUCCACGCACUAGAAUUGAUCGCAUUUGCAUUGGAAAUGAAGUUAUGGCUACCGGCGACAAAAAUCUCAUCGCUCAUCUAGUCCCCGCCAUGCGAGCGAUUCAUGAAGCUCUGUUAGCAGCUGGAAUAAAUGAUAUCCAGGUUUCAACUCCACAUUCAUUGGGAAUCUUGUCCCGUUCUGAACCUCCUAGUUCGGGUCUGUUCAGAAGGGUAUACGACCGGGUAAUUUUUGCCCCGAUGCUGGAAUUUCACCGUGAAACCAAAUCACCCUUCAUGAUUUGUCCGUACCCAUUCUUUGGGUUCAAUGAUGAAACCCUAGACUAUGCCUUGUUUAAACCCAAUAAUGGGGUUUACGAUGAAGCUACUGGGAUGAACUACACCAACAUGUUUGAUGCACAGCUUGAUGCUGUGUAUUCAGCGAUGAAGGCGUUGGGUUAUGCUGACGUGGAUAUCGUUGUGGCAGAAACUGGGUGGCCUUCCGCCGGUGACCCGAAUCAACUAGGUGUGAGUUUGGAGAAUGCUAUUUCGUACAAUGUGAACCUCGUGAAGCAUGUAAACUCCGGUGUGGGAACUCCAUUGAUGCCAAACAGGACCUUUGAAACUUACGUUUUCGCCCUAUUCAAUGAGGACCUUAAGCCUAGCACUUCGGAGCGUAAUUUCGGGUUGUUCCGACCCGACUUCAGCCCUGUUUACGACGUGGGCAUUCUGCGUAAUACACAGGCUUCGUCUCCGCCUGCUAUGGCACCGGAAGUGUCAAAGAAAUGGUGUGUUCCAACGACAGAUGCUAGUGAUGCAGCUUUGCAGUCGAACAUAGACUUCGUGUGUAGUUCUGGAAUAGAUUGUCAACCUAUAAAAGAUGGUGGCCCUUGCUACGAGCCCAAUACGAUCAGAGCACACGCUUCUUACGCCAUGAAUGCUUAUUAUCAAGCAAAUGGUGGUAAAGAUUUGGACUGUAGCUUCAUUAAUACUGGUGUUGUCACUAACUAUGAUCCUAGUUAUGAAGAAUGUAGAUAUGAUGCUUAAAGUGGCAAAUGAGGUUGGCUCUUCCUCUCAAGCGUUGGAUCAGAGUACAUUUUGGUAUAGUCCAAUAUUGGUUUGUGACGCUGUAACUUGUUGUUAUUUUCAAGUCUGAAGAGUUCAAUGUUAAUUUUGCAUAUGGAUCGAUGAUAUCUCUUUUCCAAACUUGGUGAUUCUCAACUUGCAAAGCAAUU